AUGGAUAUCCUUGUCGGUCCUACACUCACCAUCGACGUUUCGCCUCCUCAGGCGGCGGCGGCUUACUCCCUCUCCCAGCCUGAGACCCAGCGGUUAUUUCUGAAGCAUAGGGUUUCGUCCGUUGUGGAGGGAGAAGAAGACGAGGAUGGGUUAGUGGGUUCGAUCUCGAUCUCCAACCGCAGUCGUUUUGGCCUUCCGAUGGCUAGAGCUGGGAAAUCGCUCGAAGAUUCUUCCGAUAGCUCGUCUUCAUUCGUCGGCGCUCCCGACGACAGCGACGAGCCUCGGCUCUCUCGGCUCCAUGGACGCCCUGGAGGACUCUCUCCCCACAAAAAGGGAUUGUCAAAUUACUUCGCCAGGAAAUCGAAGUCGUUCGCGAGCUUGUCCGCUGCGUGCUUGGCGGUGAGGCAAGCGAAGGAUCUGGAGAAGCCGGAGCACCCGUUCAACAAGCGGAGGAGAAUUCUGAUGGCGAACAAGUGGUCGAGGAGAUCGUCGUUCUACAGCUGGCAUAACCCUAAAUCCAUGCUGUUGCUCACCUUGAACGAAGACGACGACGAAAGCGGCGACCACAAUCGCCGCCGGGGGAACGAAGAAGACGACGAAGAGGAAGAAGACCGCCGUGAAAGCCUCUCGUCGUCCUCGUCGUCGGAUAAGGAUGAAGAGGAUGGGAGACGAGCGCAGAUGGAGAGAACGAGUUGUUGUCGUCUGUGA